AGACGCUGGCACACCGGACGCGGGGACGCCAGAAGCGGCUGGACCCGGAAAUAGGGGUUGCCGGUGGCCGUCCCGGGAACAAGGACCGGAGCUUGAUCCGCGGUGCGGCUGCUGGAGUCAGCAUUGGUAAUAGUGCUGUGCUGCGGAAGAGUGGAGUCUAAACUUUUUCACUGCCAGUGCCCCGAAACUGGAGUGUGAAGGACCGAGACAAGAUGAAGACUGUGCUCAUGGUUGCUGAAAAGCCGUCCUUGGCACAGUCAAUUGCCAAAAUCCUCUCUAGAGGGAGUCUGUCCUCACACAAAGGGCUGAACGGGGCCUGCUCAGUCCACGAGUACACUGGGACCUUUGCUGGCCAGCCAGUGCGCUUCAAGAUGACGUCUGUCUGUGGUCACGUGAUGACCCUGGAUUUCCUGGGAAAAUACAACAAAUGGGACAAAGUGGACCCCGCAGAACUGUUCAGCCAAGCUCCCACGGAGAAGAAAGAAGCUAACCCCAAGCUGAACAUGGUGAAGUUCCUGCAGGUGGAGGGCAGAGGCUGCGACUACAUCGUGCUGUGGCUGGACUGCGACAAGGAGGGGGAGAACAUCUGCUUUGAGGUUCUUGAUGCUGUUCUGCCCGUCAUGAACAAGGCCCAUUGUGGCGAGAAGACCGUGUUCCGGGCCAGGUUUAGCUCCAUCACGGACACAGACAUCUGUAAUGCCAUGGCCUGCCUGGGCGAGCCCGACCACAACGAGGCGCUCUCAGUGGAUGCUCGCCAGGAGCUGGACCUGCGAAUCGGCUGUGCAUUCACCAGGUUUCAGACUAAAUAUUUCCAGGGGAAAUAUGGUGAUUUAGACAGCUCUCUCAUCUCCUUUGGGCCGUGUCAGACUCCAACCCUGGGAUUCUGCGUGGAGAGACAUGAUAAAAUCCAGUCUUUCAAACCAGAGACCUACUGGGUGCUGCAGGCCAAGGUUAACACUGACAAAGACAGAUCUCUCCUUUUGGACUGGGACCGAGUAAGAGUGUUCGACCGGGAGAUCGCACAGAUGUUUUUAAACAUGACAAAGCUGGAGAAGGAAGCCCAGGUGGAGGCCACAAGCAGGAAAGAAAAGGCCAAGCAGAGGCCCCUGGCCCUGAACACCGUGGAGAUGCUGCGUGUGGCCAGCUCUUCUCUGGGCAUGGGGCCGCAGCACGCCAUGCAGACGGCCGAGCGGCUCUACACGCAAGGCUACAUCAGCUACCCACGGACAGAGACCACCCACUACCCUGAGAACUUUGACCUGAAGGGCUCUCUGCGGCAGCAGGCCAACCACCCCUACUGGGCUGAUACGGUGAAGCGGUUGUUAGCAGAAGGUAUCAACCGCCCAAGGAAAGGCCACGACGCCGGCGACCAUCCCCCCAUCACCCCCAUGAAGUCUGCCACAGAGGCCGAAUUAGGGGGUGACGCGUGGCGGCUCUAUGAGUACAUCACCAGACACUUCAUUGCCACGGUCAGCCAUGACUGCAAGUACCUGCAGAGCACCAUCUCCUUCAGAAUCGGGCCCGAGCUCUUCACCUGCUCCGGGAAGACCGUCCUCU